UUUGGACUUUCAGCGCCAGUCAGGUUGUUGAACUGCUCAGACCAGCACACUCACAGAUUUAACACUGCGGCAAAAACCCCGUCAGUUUGCAAAAAUGAGCCACGAACCUCUUGUGAAUGUGAGAAACUGGAUUGCAGCGAACGAGAAUGCUUUCAUGCCACCAGUGUGCAACAAGCUCAUGCACUUUUCCCAGUUGAUCAUCAUGUUUGUCGGAGGUCCCAACACCAGGACCGAUUACCAUUUAGAGGAAGGGGAGGAGCUGUUCUACCAGGUGAAGGGGGACAUGUGUCUGAAGGUGAUAGAAAAUGGGAAGCACAAGGAUGUGCACAUUAAGGAGGGACAGAUGUUCCUGCUGCCGGCCCGGAUCCCCCACUCCCCCCAGAGGCAGGCCAACACUGUGGGACUGGUGGUGGAGAGGAGACGGCUGCAGACCGAGACCGACUGCCUGAGGUACUAUGUGGGCAACACCACCAACACCCUGUACGAGAAGUGGUUUUACUGUGAGAAUCUGGGAACGCAGCUGGUGCCCCUAAUCAAAGAGUUCAUGGCAUCAGAGCAGGCUAAAACCGGAAAGCCAGAUCCAAGCGAAAUCUUCAGAGAACCGCCCUUCCAGCUGAACACCAUGAACACGAUGACCCCGUUCUCCUUCAGAGACUGGCUGGACAAGCACAGGCCCUCGCUGUCCGCCGGCGGGCCCAUCGACAUGUUCGGAGCUCAGUUUGAGACAGAGGUGAUGGUGUUCGGACCUGGGGUGACGGAGACGGCAGUGCGGCAAAGCGACGUGUGGAUCUGGCAAAUGGAGGGAUCCUCGACUGUUACUAUGAACCAGCAGGAGUUCGCUCUUUCUGCAGGAAACAGUUUACUUGUUCCUGAACAGAGCCAGUACCACUGGCAGAGAGAUGAGGGGACUGUUGCCCUGUUUGUGGUUCAAAACCCUGAGCGGAAGAGACCCUGAACAUCAUGAGGCAAAUCAGGCACACAGCACAUGAAACAGUAUUCUGUGAGAGCAUGGACCAGUGAUGAGAAGCAAGUACAAUAAAAUGAAAGAACGAAUUUGGGUUAAAAGCUUAAUUCUAUGCAACUAUUUUACGAUUAAUAUACUGAGCUAUUGAAAUUGGCAAACAUAAUGUAAAAAAAUGUAGUCGUGAAUUCCACUUCCGGUCCAACUGCCCCAUGAACCGAUAUGCUCUUUAUAUUAUCUCUAAAGGUACAUAAAUGAAUAAGUCAGGCUGUUCCUGUACAAUGUUGCUAGCAGUGCACUAUACUUCCCUAUAUCCAAAAUAUGUUUGGAUGAAAUCCAUUUAAACUGUUAGGAUAUACGUAUAUAAACGGAAAAAACCCACACAGACCGCAAUGGUGGGUCAAAGAAAGUCUUUAAGCCGGACUAGUUAAUGCUUCAAUAAUCACUAUGUUGUCAAAUAACGUUCUUGUAUUGCAGGUCAAGUUAAUCUUUUUUUCAUUUAUCAGUAAUUUAAACUGAUCAUAAGUGCGGGUUAUUAACUACGCGGCCGAAUGGAGUCUGGGAUUUGCUUCCUGUUAUUAUAUUCAAGAAAAGUUACUAAUGUAGCCUGAUUGAAUGAUCACUAAAGAGCUAAAUACAAAUGAAUUUAUGUUUGAAUGAAUUUAUAAUUUAAUUGACUAACAUUCUCAGAUCCCUCACGGAACCAACCGCUCUGCUCACAGCCCACAUGAUCAAGUGGCACAUUUUUAACAACUGUUUUCUAGAUUGUAAAAUGUGCAGAAUGGACAAAAGCUUGUCAGCUCACAGACAUGACAGUAGUUCUGAAGUGCCGCUAUUAAAAGAGAAACAUGGCCACUGUGGCGUGGUGGACUCCAUAAAGGGACUGUGCUGGUAAUGACAAUAGUUUCAGGUGAUUAUGCUUUAAUAAAACAUAGUUAUAAAUCCUGAA